AUGAUGAGUGCCGGAAGUAUGCGAAUUGAGCUUUUAAACAAGCACAACUUCGAUACUUGGAAGUUACAAAUGGAGGCCGUGUUAGUAAAGGACGACCUGUGGGACUACGUCGACGGCACGAUGGUGAAACCUGAAGGAGAGGAAGACAAUGCAGCGGCGGUUGCAGCAGUUCGGGCUUGGGAAAAAGCUGAUAAUAAAGCAAAAUCAGAUAUGAUUCUGAAUGCUCUUCGGGCCAAAAUUAUAGAAGAGACGGACGCGCGUAAAGGUGGUACCAGUGGAGGCUCAUCGAAUGCUAUGUUUGUGAAUAAACGUGGUGGUCAUAAUGACAAGAAAGUAGUGAGCAUCAGUGGCAAUGGUAACUAUAGGAAUAGAAGAGAAAUUCGGUGUUUUAAAUGUAAUAAAAUGGGACAUAAAAAAUUCGAGUGUCAAAGUGGAAGGAAGCAGUCGGCGCGUACUGCGGAAAUCACAUGUUUUAAUACUAUACAGGGUUCGGCAUUUCAAGCAGAAGGUGCAGACGCAAGUUGGUGUUUAGAUAGUGGCGCUACGUCUCAUAUGUGCCACGAUAUUAAGAAUUUUCGCGAGCUUGAUAGAAACAAACAUGGAACGUUGAACUUGGCAAAUAGUUCGACAACUGAAAUUGUUGGAAAAGGGACCGCGCAGCUCAUGAUGAAGAGCAAAAACGUGCCACUAACGAACACUGCGUACGUACCAGACUUGAGAACAAAUCUUCUCUCCGUCGGAAAAAUCACUGACCGUGGUUUCAAAGUGAUUUUUGACAGUAAAGGUGCUAAAAUAUUAAAUCCAAAAGGUCACGUAGUAGUGCGUGCAGAAAGAGUUGSUGAUUUAUACUACGUUCGCGGAUUUGCGGAAAGCGUUCAGUCCGCGUCCACAGAAUCACAAAACUUAUGUGACGUCGUGAAGAAUUACGGGUUCGUUCAUAUGGAGAACGAAUCGGAAGAUAGCAAGGCAAUACAAAAUUUGAAUGGACAACCAAUGAAGUGCGUGGCGGCGAAGAGCCAGAAGGUCCUUCAAACACCAACMACAAAAAUCUUUGUCGGCAAUCUCACCGAUAYCACYAAGGAACCGGAGAUUCGCAAAUUGUUCAAAAAYUACGGAACGGUGGUYGAAUGCGACAUCGUCCGCAACUACGGUUURGUACACCUUGAGUCGUCGGGUGACAUUAACGAAGCGAUCAAAYAAUUGAACGGCUCUCUGGUGGACYGUCAGCCRAUGAAGGUGCAAUUUUCGACGAGUCGCGUGCGUCAACGGCCCGGAAUGGGCGAUCCUGAAAAAUGCUAUCGAUGCGGUAGGGGUGGACAUUGGUCCAAGGAAUGUCUCAAAGGUAUGGGACCAGACCACUUCCGCGACCGGAUGAUGGGUCGAUUUGGAGAUGGAUACGAUGGAUACUAUGAUCGUCGUUUUGAAGAAUUUCGUGAUUUGUAUGAACGCAGAUACUCAGGUUUGCCUCCAAGAGGUAUGGGGAUGCGCGGAGGCAGAUGUGAUAAAGGUUCUGGGCUACGCAAGCUAUUGUUUAGGCGUAGAAAUUUGACAAACUCGCGAUCAGAUCGCGAUGCGUCAGGGCGGUUACGUGACAGAAUUGUUGAACCGUUUCGGCAUUUGACGAAAGGUUUGGUUAAGACGAAACAUGAGUGGUGUGUGAAAUCAGCCGGAUUAAGGACUGUCAGUUAA